AUGUCUGCGACGGACGAGAAAGGAAGUGUUCAUUCUCAUCAAAUUGAGGAUCUCGAGGGUGAGAAAGCCCGGUCACGAAAUGGCCAUUCGCCGAUGAUGCCAGCCUCGUUGGCCGCUCUCUCAGAAGUUGAAUACUCCAAGGUCAAGCGUCGCGCAUUAUGGAAGCUGGACGCGCGGAUCAUGCCUUGCAUGGUCUUGAUGUACAUCAUGAACUACCUGGACCGCCAAAAUAUAGCCUCUGCAAAAUUAGCCAACAUUGAGCAGGAUCUCAAGAUGACUGAUGUUCAAUACCAGACCUGCAUCAGCAUCCUAUUUGUUGGGUAUAUUCUCAUGCAAGUCCCUUCUAACCUCAUCGUCGGAAAAAUCAAGUUUCCUGGUGUCUAUAUUUGCGUCUCGAUGGCGCUUUGGGGCGUUCUCUCAGCUUGUACCGCUGCCGUACACAAUUUCUCAGGUCUGCUGGCUUCUCGCUUCUUUCUGGGAUUUGUCGAGGCCGUCUUCUUUCCAGGUGCACUAUUCUAUCUGUCUUUGUUCUACUCCAAAAAGCAGUUUGCACUCCGAACUGCAAUCCUGUAUUCCGGAUCGCAGCUUGGCAAUGCAUUUGGUGGACUUUUGGCCGUCGCGAUCUUGAAAUUGGACGACGUGCAUGGCCUCGAGGGCUGGAGAUGGCUCUUUUUGGUUGAAGGAGUUGCCACCAUUGGUUUGGCAAUUAUACUUGUAUUCAUUCUCCCCGACUCACUGAAGUCCAUCAGCGGCUUCAGUAAGAUCGAGCACGAAUUCCUCAUGUGGAACUUCGAAGAAGACCAAGGACAGCAAGACAACGCUGACGAGGUCAGCGCUCGAAAAGGCUUCAUCAUGGCUGUUGUGGAUGUUAAGACUUGGCUGCUCAUGGGGAUCUUGUAUAGUGUUGGUUAUCCCUAUGGAAGGCUCUUCAUGUUCCUCACUCACGUUUUCACAGAUCUAUAUUGCGGGCGCCGUCACCAAUUUUUUCCCAUCGGUUGUGGCUACACUUGGAUAUUCUCGAAACAAAACCUAUGGACUCACUGCGAGCGCUACUGGCACAUUGUAUGUCCAAUGGCUAUCUGCAUGGUUGCUAAUAUCAUUGCGGUGGCCACGCUGAACACGGCAGCACGGUAUGUCGCGAUGAUGUUGAUGCCCGGCUCAUUCUAUUCAGCCGCGGUAGUUGUGUUAUCUUGGGUUACUGGUAGCCUAUCGCAGCCCUCUAUCAAGCGAGCCUCGGCAAUCGCAUUGAUCAAUGCCAUCUGCAACACCCCAAAUGUGUGGGCAUCGUAUUUGUACUACUCCAGUCCACGGUAUCUAGCUGCCUUUUUGGUUAACCUGGCGUCGUCCGUCUUGGCUAUCAUUCUGGCUACUCUGACACGCAUGUACCUACAGCGACAGAAUGAUAAAUUGGACCGCGGCUUAUACAUCAGCGGAAAGGGUCCAACGCCAGCUCAGGUUGCUGCUGGGUUCCGCUACGUCAUCUGA